GACGUAGCGUCUGACCCCGCAGCGACGAGCGGGGCCCUCUUCAAACCGCUCGUUGGCUGUUUGUCAGCGGGGUUGACUGCCAAACGGAAAAAAGAGGCUCCAAGUCGAUGUUGUGUAGCAUCCAAAGGGUCAUUUCAAAAGCGCCAUUACAGUCUCUGAGGCAGCUCGUUUGGUGCCGUCAUUCCCGAAAACUGUCCUCCAAAAUGUCUUUUCAGUACCCGCAGGCUUACCGUGACGAUGCUGUCGUGGAUGGGUACCAUGGCUGCAAAGUACCAGAUCCGUACAGCUGGCUGGAGGACCCGGACAGUGAAAAGACACAGGCGUUUGUCACCGCUCAGAACCAGUUGACGUCGCCCUUCCUGGAGCGCUGCGAGGUGCGAGACCUGUUCAAGGAGCGGAUGACUGAGCUGUACGACUACCCCAAGUACAGCUGUCCCUUCAAAAGAGGCGACAGGUACUUUCACUUCUACAACACGGGCCUCCAAAACCAGAGUGUGAUGUACGUGCAGGAGAGCCUGGAGGCUGAGCCCAAAGUCUUCUUGGAUCCAAACACGUUCUCUGACGAUGGAACCGUUGCCCUGCGAGGAUACGCCUUCUCUGAGGACGGCGAGUACCUUGCUUAUGGCACAAGCGCCAGUGGGUCGGACUGGGUGGAGAUCCGCUUCCUGCAGGUGGAAGACGCCAAGCCUCUGGAGGACCGGCUGGAGCGGGUCAAGUUUAGCUGCAUGUCCUGGACUCAUGACGGGAAGGGACUUUUCUACAACUCGUACCCAAAGCAGGAGGGCAAGAGCGACGGCACCGAGACCUCCACCAACCUGCAUCAGAAGCUAUACUUCCAUGUUUUGGGGACUCCGCAGUCCGAAGACGUGCUCUGUGCAGAAUUCCCUGACCACCCCAAAUGGAUGGCUGGAGCUGAGGUAUCAGACGAUGGACGGUACCUGCUGCUGUCGAUCAGGGAAGGUUGUGAUCCGGUUAACAGACUGUGGUAUUGUGACCGUAAAACCACUCCGCAGGGUAUUACAGGACUCUUGCCGUGGGUGAAGCUCAUCGAUAACUUUGACGCCGAGUACGAGUAUGUCACCAAUGAGGGCACGUUGUUCACGUUCAAGACCAACCUGGACGCGCCGCGUUACCGCCUCAUCAACAUCGACUUUGCCUCUCCGGCUCAGAGCAACUGGAAGGAGCUCAUCCCUCAACACGAGAAGGACGUCAUUGUGUUCGCCACCUGCACGUACUCCAGCUACCUGUUUGUGUGUUUCCUCCACGACGUGAAGAACGUGUUGAAAAUGUACCGACUGAGCUCGGGGGAGGAGCUGAGGACCUUCCCUCUGGACGUCGGCUCCGUUGUGGGUUUCACAGGCAGGAAGAGGGACUCUGAGAUCUUUUACUACUUCACCUCCUUCCUCUCCCCAGCCAUCAUUUACCACUGCGACCUGACUCAGGAGCCGCUGCAGCCCCACAUCUUCAGAGAGGUCACAGUCAAAGGCUUCAGCCCCUCGGACUACCAGACCACACAGGUCUUCUAUUCCUCCAAGGACGGCACUCAGAUCCCCAUGUUCAUCGUUCACAAGAAGGGCAUCAAAUUGGACGGCUCCCACCCCGGUUUCCUGUACGGCUACGGUGGUUUUAACAUCUCCAUCACGCCGAGCUACAGCGUCUCCCGACUCAUCUUUGUUCGACAUCUGGGAGGAGUCCUGGCCGUUGCCAACAUUCGAGGGGGAGGGGAGUACGGGGAGACCUGGCACAAAGCCGGCAUGCUGGCCAACAAGCAGAACUGCUUCACAGACUUCCAGUGUGCGGCCGAAUACCUCGUCAAAGAGGGCUACACGUCUCCCUCCAAGCUGACUAUAAACGGCGGCUCCAACGGGGGCCUGCUCGUGGCGGCCUGCGUCAACCAGCGGCCGGAGCUGUUCGGCUGCGCCGUCGCUCAGGUCGGCGUCAUGGACAUGCUGAAGUUCCACAAGUUCACCAUCGGCCACGCCUGGACCACCGACUUUGGCUGCGCCGAAGACAAGGAGCAGUUUGAGUGUCUCAUCAAGUACUCCCCGCUCCACAACAUCCGCGUCCCAGAAGGCAACGGGGUCCAGUACCCGGCGGUGCUCCUGCUGACGGGGGACCACGACGAUCGCGUGGUGCCCCUCCACUCGCUCAAAUACAUCGCCACCCUGCAGCACAUCGUGGGCCGCGACCCCAAGCAGACGAACCCUCUGUUCAUCCUCGUGGACACAAAGUCGGGCCACGGCGCCGGCAAGCCCACCAGCAAGGUCAUCCAGGAGGUGGCGGACACCUACGCCUUCAUCGCCCGCUGUCUCAACAUCUCCUGGGUCAAAUAAUUUCAGCCCCCCCGGGAGUAACUGCUCGUACCAGCUGUUCCCUUUAACGUCACCGCAACACUACACCGGAUCUUUCAAGUCCCUCCAGUCCGACCACGUGCUCAGGGACGGUUGUGUCGAGCGGGGGGGAGGAAAAGGGAGGGGGGGUUACGUUCACCGUUACAGUAAUCAGCCAAUCGGCAGUGAACCGUCUUGAGGUUAUUUGUAGGUUGUUUCCACGUCGUCGAGUUGCUUCGCCGCGAUGCGUGUUAUUUAUUUUGCGUUCGUGUACAGAAUGCUGAACGACUCCAGCGCGUGCAAGAAUAGAGCUAGACGAUUACGCCGCAUAAAAGUAUUGCCGUGGAUGAGCAACUGGAAACAACAACAAAAAAAACGCGUGUGUGAGUGUGUGUUUAAAUGUCAGUGCCCAUAUUUCUUUCAGACUGAUAAUGAUUUCUACCUCUGGUCAUUUGCCCUUUUUUCAAGGGAAUAAAAUCCAAUGCCACAUUACAAUAAACAACUUUUAAAAGGGGA